CCCAGACUCGGUAAGCAGCCUGGAUUGCUCAUCACUAACAGCCUAAUUGUAGGCAAGAGAUAUGCAGUAUGUAACCGCCUAAUGGUAUGCAAUUUGACAUACAAAAUUACAGCAAAAUAGGUUCAUGGAACUGCUUGGAACUGAGUUCGACCAUGAGAGAGGGGCGCACAGUAUGGAUGAGUACCGCUUUUAAGUAACUCUGACUUUGUGCCAUUUGUUUGUUCACUCAGUAUAAUACACGAUAAGCCAAAAGAGUUUCAACAAUAUGUUUUAGAAUAAAAGUGAAAAAGUGUUACGAGUGUAUGCCCCGUUAAGCAAAAAAGAACUGACUGCUCUGACACGUGUCUGCAAAUUUGCGAAACAUAUUACCGUAACCUCUAAGAACAUAACCUCUAAAAACCAUCAUGGGAAAGUUGAACGUGACAAUGUUGCGUUACCUAAGUCGUGAAGAUUUUCGCGUCCUAACAGCCAUUGAAAUGGGAAUGAAGAAUCACGAACUUGUUCCAGGAUCAUUGGCUGCUCAGAUAGCUAAUCUACGGCAUGGCGGAGUACACAAAUUGCUGAAAGAGUUGUGUAAACAUCGUUUGUUGAGUUACGAACGUGGAAAACAUUAUGACGGUUAUCGUCUGACUAAUUCAGGGUACGACUAUCUGGCUCUGAAGGUUCUGGCAACGCGAGGAGUUGUUUCAUCGUUCGGCAACCAGAUUGGAACUGGAAAAGAGUCGAAUAUCUAUGUAGUAGCUGACGAGGAAGGAAAUCCUGUCUGCUUGAAGCUACACAGGCUGGGACGCACUUGUUUUAGAAAUAUAAAGGAUAAAAGAGAUUAUCAUCAGCACAGAAAAUCCAUGUCUUGGCUCUACCUUUCUCGAAUAUCAGCUACACGGGAAUUCGCCUACAUGAAGGCACUUCUUGAUCGAGGAUUUCCUGUACCAAAGCCCAUCGAUUUUAAUAGACAUUGCCUCGUUAUGGAGCUUAUUGACGGCAAACCAAUGUGUGGCGUUUACGAGGUUAAUGACGUAGAAGGUCUCUACCAAGAUCUGAUGGAUCUUAUUUAUCAGCUCGCAAAUCACGGUGUUAUUCAUGGAGAUUUCAACGAAUUCAACAUCAUGAUAACCAACGAAGGAAAGCCAGUAAUAAUUGACUUCCCUCAAAUGAUUUCAACACAGCAUCCAAACGCUGAAUUAAUGUUCGACAGAGAUGUGAACUGUAUUCGGGACUUUUUCAGAAGGCGCUUCGCAUACGAAAGUGAAUUCCAUCCAAAGUUUUCGGAUAUCUCGCGUGAAGAUUGUAUAGACAUAGAAGUAAGCGCAAGUGGGUUGACAAAAAAAAUGGAAAAAGAUCUGCUUAUAGAGAUGGGAAUAAAUGAAGAUGACAUGGAUAGCGAAGAUAACGAUGACGAAGUAGUUGACGGAUACAAUCUAGAAAAUGAAAUUGAAAAAUUGAAACUUGAAGUGCAGAAAGUAUCGGAAGAAGAUUUCAAGGCAGAUCUUGGGGAUUCUCAACAAUCAGGCAAAACUACAGAAGCUACGGAAAAAAAUACCGAGCCAAAAGAUAUCAAAGUCGACACAGUAGGAAAACAGCAAACUAUUCUGGCAGAGGAUAACGAUUUACAAAAAACCGAUGUCUUCGCCCCAAAUUUAAACUGCGAUGUAUCGGACGAUGAGUCAGUUUACAGCCAAGCACAGAGCGUGGCUCAAAGUGUUAGAAGUAUUUCAACAGCAGCUACAAUCGCUCCGGAUGUAAUUAAAAAGCGAGUUAGAUCAUCGUUGGAGAAAAGAGCGAGGAAAAACAACUCUAGAAAAACGCUUGCAAAGGGUGAGGCCAGCGCCACAACCAGAAGUCGUAGAGAAAAUCGCGACACCAUCAGAGAAUCUACCGGCUCUGGUAUUUGGGGCUGUGAAUAAUUGUCUGGACGUGUUACUGCGGAACUUCUGUGAAGGGAAAAUCGAUUAUUGGGUGAAUGUGAGGUUUACAAUACGGUGCUUGAUUUUCGCGUGUAUGUGUACAUAAUCUAGUGAAAUUCUAUUUUCUUUUAAUCGAUCAGCUAAAUAAUACGGUAAAGCUGUGCGGGUUCCCGAAAUCUCGAUAAAAAAAUUCAAGAAAAAAUAUCUUGAAAAUUUUGACAACAAUGAUGUUCACGGAAUUCCGAAAAUCUCGAGAACCCUACUCGAAAUCAAUAUAUUUUUUCCGACCCAAGAAAUUCUGGUAUCCGCACAGCCCUAUUAUGUAGGUAUAUUAUAAUUUAUAAGAUUCACGCGAAAUCGUGCUUCAGAAAAUACAACUACAUACAAAACA